AUGAGUUAUGCAAAUCAAGAAAAGAAGGAUAUUUUGUUAGCUAGAGACAUAAAGACAGACUCAAAAAGGUUAGCAAGAAGAUAAGUGUCCUAAAGAUCAGUGAUGUACUACUAUUAACACAAUAGUAUUGAGCAGGGAGAAUUAAUGGAGGGAGAGGAGAGAGAAAUAUAGGUAAUAACAAGGACAAUUACAUACAGGAAAGAAAAUAAAGAAGGUCUAGUACACCUACAACUGCCACACUCAGGGAUUUCUUGGAGUAGCAAUAAAGACUUCUUCUCUGCUCCUUGCAUCUUCCAAAAAUAAAAACUUUGGUGCACUACAUUUUUAUUAAUCACAAAGAAAAAAGAAUGUUGGGUUGAAUUUAUAUUGCAUAAAGGUGGAUGAUUUCCUUCAUGAUUUUGUAUUCAAAAAAAUGGGUCAUCAUGGUUUUAGGAUUCUCUUCAUCAUCACUUUCAUUUUUGUAUCUUUCUGCUGUACCCACAUUUUGGUUAGGGAUGUCUCAUUGAAUGCUACAAAGUACUUUAAUAGUAUUCAUGGCUUUAAAGAAAGUCCAAAUGUGAAGAUCUCUGGAGAAAAAAAGUACAUCUUGAUUGUGGAAAAGUUCAGAACUUUACUUGGACUGAGAAAGUUCAGCCCAAGAAAUGGUGAUUUUGCAUAUUUACCACAAUCACCUGCACCUUCUCCAUCACCAUCAAUUGCUCCAGCUCCAUCUCCAGCGCCGGUGCCACAUGUUCAUCGGCAUUCUCAUCGACAUCCUCAUCCCUUUAUCCCAGCUCCACACAGGAUAAGGGAAAAAAGAAGAGGUAAUACUACUACCAGAGUUUUAGCUGCAGUUCUUGUUUCUGCUGGGAUUUCAACUGCAUUAUGUGCUAUUGCUCUUUUUUGGGGUUGCAAGAAGAUAAGAAAGCAAAGAAAGAAAUCAACUAGAUCAGUGUCACUAUUCAGUAGUGAAGCAGGAAGUAUGUGUAGAUCAAGGUAUGGUAGCUCUCAGAAUUCAGUAAAAAAGGUAAGUUCUGAUCCAGGCCCUGACCUAUUUUACCUUGAUUCACUUGAAGUUGCUCUAGAAGCAUCAGAACCAAUUUGCCUAAAACAAAGUUCUGUAACUGAAAAGAUUUACUCAAAUGAAAACAUGGAAAAAAGUACAUUGAGUGAGAAAGAAGAACCAGAGCAGGAAAUCACAGUGUCAAAGCCUGAUGAUUAUAAAUGUUUAAGUGUUGGAGAAAUUGUCUGUGUUUAUGAGAGUGCAAAUUCAGUGAAGUGUGAAAUUGAUGAUUGUAAUUCUUCCAGUGGUGACAAAAUAGUUCCUGAGGAAGCUCAUUCAUCAUCUGAUGAUGAUGAAUUAUUCCAUUCUUUGUGUAAUUCACGUUCGUCUAGUAAUAGACUAUCCAAUGUUUCAGUUGGUAGUCUUAUCGACACCUCAGAGAUUAUGCUUCAAGACGAAUCAAACUUUUUAAAUUGUUCUGCAUCCUCCUCAACUCCACCCCCACCGCCUCCUCCUCCUCCUUUGCCUAUAUUUCCAACCCAAUCUCCUUGUAGGUCUAUAGCUUCUUCAGUGAAAAUGAAGUCUAAAGUUCUGAGUCAUGCUUCAUUGCAAAUUGAAUCACCCACUAGAAUCUCAGAUUUUUCUUCAGGAUCAAACCAAACUCUAGAAAAUGAUUUGUCACAGUCGACUCCAAAGACUGCUGGAGGAAUUCCACCCCCACCGUGUCCCCCGCCAUUUUCAAGUGGAAGUACUAAUCUUUCAAAAGGUCCGCCCCCUCCACCAUCUUUGCCUUUCCAACACUUGGCAGUAGGCAAAGAUGGAAGUCCACUCCCAAAAUUGAAACCACUGCAUUGGGACAAAGUAAGAGCUGCACCAGACCGAACAACUGUCUGGGACAAGCUCAGACCAAGCUCGUUCGAAUUUGAUGAAGAAAUGAUUGAGUCACUUUUUGGCUACAAUCUACACAAUUCUAUGAAAACCGAUGAAGGGAAAAGCAAAACUCCAUCCCCAAGCAAGCAUGUUCUUGAGCCGAAAAGACUACAGAACAUAAGCAUACUGUCCAAAGCUUUGGGUGUGACUGUUGAACAAGUUUGUGAAGCACUAAUGAAAGGAAAUGGAUUGUUUUUGCCACAAUUGGAGGCUCUGGCUAAGAUGGUACCUACUAAAGAAGAAGAGGACAAACUUGCAAGCUAUAAAGGAGAUAUCAAUGAACUAGGGUCAGCCGAGAAGUUUGUAAUGGCAAUGCUUAAGGUGCCAUUUGCAUUCUUGAGAAUUGAAGCCAUGCUUUAUCGCGAGACAUUUGACGAUGAAGUUUUUCUUCUCAAAAAAUCUUUCUCAAUGCUAGAGGAGGCCUGCAAGGAACUCAGAUCAAGUCGACUGUUCUUAAAACUGCUAGAAGCAGUGUUGAAAACUGGAAACAGGAUGAACAUUGGAACAAUAAGAGGAGGAGCCAGAGCAUUCAAACUUGAUGCCCUACUUAAGCUAUCCGACGUGAAAGGUACUGAUGGAAAAACCACACUACUUCAUUUCGUCGUUCAAGAAAUCACUCGAUCAGAAGGCCUGAAAGUCUCCCAAAGCAUUAUGGGAAAGAUUGACCAGAGAAGAAAGAGUAAAGCUAUUGAAAACAGAGAGGAAGACUACAAAAGGAUGGGUCUUGAUCUUGUUUCUGGUCUGGGCACAGAGUUAUGCAAUGUCAAGAAAACAGCGACAAUGGACUUGGAUGUCAUUGCAACUUCAGUCACAAAUCUAUCAGAAGGAAUGAACAAAAUAAAAGCACUAAUCACCAAUGACUUAUCUACAAUUGAAAAGAAUGGUAAUUUUGUGCACUCAAUGACAGCAUUCUUGAAUUAUGCAGAAAGGAACCUAAGGGAAUUGCAGGAAGACGAGAAUCGAGUUCUUUUACAUGUUAAAGAAGUCACAGAAUACUUCCAUGGAAAUGUGAGCAAAGAUGAAUCAAACCCUCUCCGGAUUUUUGUCAUUGUGAGAGAUUUCUUGGGCAUGUUAGACAAUGUAUGCAAAGAGCUUAGAAGCUCAAACACUCCUAGUAGUCCUAACCCUCUAGCCCCAUUCCGAUAGGUUUGUGUGUUAAUAGUUUUUGUAUGUUUCUUCUUUUAACAAUUUUCUACUAUUGUGUAAGAUUUUGUAUCAAGAAUUCAAAAGGUAUUUGGCUCAAGAGCUUGUAGUCAUAAUGUAUAACAGUGUACAAUAAGGUCAUCAAUGUGGGAACCAAAACUUAAGAGGUGGAAAAAUCAGUCCAUCUUUUUUAGUUAUUUGUCCAGCCUAUUCAAUUUUAAAGGAAAUGGAUUAUGAACUGUUUGUUGAUUUUA